AUGUCGUUGCCUCGUGUCUCAUCGCUUGAGACUUUCCUCAGCCUCCCGUCCGAGGUAGAGCGCUCCCGACGUGGCUCCGAUACUUCAACAGCUGGCUCGGUCAGAGCCCGUAGACUCAGCUUCAACCCGUUGCCCGAGUCAUGGGAUCCCGUCAUCGCGAAGGGCGUCGAUCAUCCUGGCCAGUCUGUAGGCGCCUUCGAAGUGCCUAGGUGGAAACGUAUACUCCAAAUCAUAUUGGCGGUCAUCUACUGCCUACUUGCUGCGGGGGUAGUAUUUGGGUAUGCCGCGUUGAAGCCUGUGCUGAAGAAGGAAGGUGCCUAUAAGGACGUCUGCGAUGGCGUAGACACUUGUGUCGAGAUUCACCUGAAUCUCAUGUUCACUGUCGCCGCUGUUGCGACCAACGUUGCGGCUUUGCCUGUCGGUGUCAUCCUAGAUCACUACGGCCCUCGAGUCUGCGGAGUGCUGGGUGCUCUGUUCCUCACUAUCGGCGCUUUCUUCAUGGCGUUCGCCACGAGCAUGCCAUUCGACGGAUUCCUGCUGGGCUACCUGUUCCUCGCCCUGGGUGGCCCGUUCACUUACAUAUCGUCAUUCCAGCUCUCGAACGCUUUCCCACAGCACUCUGGCCUCAUUUUGGCUUUGCUGACUGGUGCCUUCGAUGCCUCUAGCGCCCUCUUCCUCGUAUACCGGAUCAUCUUCGAGGCCAGUGGAGGCUCAUUCGGCCAUGACCAAUUCUUUCUUACCUACCUUGCCGUGCCAGUGCUGAUUAUUGUUAUUCAAUUGGCGAUUAUGCCCAAACAAUCAUACAAGACUGUCGGAGAGAUGAUUGUGGAUAUAGAGGAUCCCACUCUUGGCGACAACCCGUCACCCGCCAUCGCCGAAGAUGCUGAUGAUCAAGUCGAUGAGCAUACAGCGCUCCUACGAGAAGAGCAGCGCGAACAUCACGAGAAUGCUGUUCAAGGGAUUGAGGAACUACUGGGUUCCGAGACCGUUGACAAGCAAGCCCGCCGCGAGGAGGCCACCAGCAAGCGAAGUGGUGUGUGGGGAGUGAUGCACAGUAACACAACACGGGAGCAAAUAUGUUCUCCGUGGUUCGUGCUGAUCUGCCUAUUCACUGUGAUCCAGAUGACACGGAUCAACUACUUCGUUGCUACGAUUCGCGUGCAGUACGAAGCCAUCUUCGACUCCACCUCGAAAGCCAUCGAGAUCAACAACUUCUUUGACCUCGCCCUUCCGUUGGGCGGCAUCAUCUCGAUCCCUUUCAUUGGGGCUAUCUUGGAUCAUACGAGCACCGUCGCGGUCCUCGUCACCCUCGUUACUGUUGCGACAACUAUCGGCAUACUCGGUGUGUUGCCAUACGAGUGGGCUGCUUAUGCGAAUAUCUGCCUAUUCGUGUUAUACCGACCCUUCUACUAUACGGCCGUGAGCGACUAUUGCGCCAAGGUGUUUGGAUUCAGGACCUUUGGGAAAGUGUACGGGACGAUCAUCUGCCUAUCUGGCUUGCUCAACUUCAGCCAAAGUGGACUGGACUACCUCUUGCACGAAACUUUCCAUGGCGAUCCGGUCCCCGUCAACAUGAUCCUGUUAUCACUGGGUUUCAUUGUCGGCGUCUGCUUGGUCGCAUUUGUCGGUCUGAAGUCGAGGGCGAUGAGGAAGAAGAGGGAGGCCGGCUACGGGAGUGGAAUAGGAGAGUACUGA